UCUGAGGUUUGAGAAACACAUCCAGGAAGCUGGGCUGACAGAUAAGAGCAGGGUGAAAACGCACCGUAACAAGAAAUAAACCAGACACUAUUUCUACUUAUUUCUAAGUUUGAAACAGAGGCUCUCUGUUUCUUUCCGUGUUUCAUCUCCAUCAGGACGUAUGGUGUCUGGACACAUCAGGUCUUCAUGAUAUGGCAGGUCUCGGUGGGCCGAAGGUCUUGCUGCUUUGGGCUGGGCUGCUUGGCUUGGCCAGAUGUAAGUACUCAUUUUUAAGUGAUCAUAAUGUUGUUAGCUUUUGGAAUAGCUGGAAUAUUGUGGAAAUGCUGAACUUUGUUAGUGCAGCAUGUUUUAGAUGUGUGUGUGUGUGCACGUGUGUGUGUGUGUGUGUGUGUGCACGCACAUGUAUGUAUGUGCAUGCGCAUGUGAGUCAACUCAAGUUCCCAUUCCUCCAGCAUGGAUCUCAGGCCACUAGGAUGUCAUUUCUACAGUAUUAUUGGUUGCAUACUCAGAAAGAUUUGACCCAACAUAUAGUAACAUACAGCUCUCUGCCACAGAGAGGGAUGUGGUUGACGCUGAAUGCAGCUAGUUCUUUGUCUCUCUGUUCUGGUAUGAUCUUUUACACGUUACAUUCUGUGGGUGGUUUCACACAGAACUAAAGAAGAAUGCCACUAGGCCUCCACGAAAAAGGCAAUUCACAGUCAUACUCUCUGAAGCUUCCUCUGUUGUGAUUGCAUUUUCUCAUUUUCGUUACAACUUUCUCUGUUGAAGUCUACAACCUGAAGGGUUAUGUUUACAAUUAGUUUUAAACGGGCAAGGUUUGGUGACAGGCUCCACUCUGCCCAGCACUCCUCCAACCUUACCCACAAACACCUCCACCUCUCAGGCUUCGAGCUAAACUGCACCACCAAACGGUAACCUAUCUCUCCCUCACUUCCGUCUGUUUGGCACCCAGAACACUCACACACACACAAGCCCAGUGAAACGUGUUGACCCUCCUCUCUAUCUUAAUGCUGUCUUCCAUUUUGCAGUCAGUGAGCAGACUGACCUCUUGACAACGACACCCUCUGACCUUCCAAGCACUUCCAACCGACAAACAAACCAUUCUGCCCCAAACACUGUCGCCCCCAGCCAGGCAUUACCCGCAAGCAACUCCACCACUCAAAAUCAGUCCUUACCUACCCCACCUACCCUCACUCCAACCUCUCUUGCAAGCACCCCUCCCAGCACCAAGCCAGUCAUCCUCACCACAGGUCAGUCGUCAGGGCCGAUAGGUGGCACCCAGACUGCACCAAACUGCACAUAUUCAGUGGAAAACAUCAAACAUGACUUACGGAUCAACAUUCCCAGAUCGAAUACAUCUGACCCUGACGACUAUGUCAUCAGUCUUACUGAUAUGUCAGGCAACAAAAGCACAUAUACGGUGGAAAACACCACACCAGGCUCGGAGAUCAACAUUACCAGAUCAACUACAUCUGACCCUGACUAUGUCAUCCGUCUCACCAAGAUGCCAGGCAACAGAUGGAAAUUCAAAGAUCCCCUGAAAUGCACAAGCAUUCAAUCAAGCAAUCCACCAGUCAACUCCACUCUCUAUACACUCUCCUGUCCAAUAUAUAUGUUAAAGCCUUGUACCAACUACAGUGUGAUGGUGGAGUUAGGCAAUGAGAUCUGCAAACUAAGUGAUAAAAAGCCUUUCCACACUGGUCAAAUGGUUGAAAACGACAUCUAUCCCAAUACUGAGUGCGUCCCAGGGUAUCUUUGCUAUGAGAGUAAAUGGGAUAUUAGUGACACAAUACAGCCCAAGAAGGCCUCCAUUCAGACAUGCAAUAAUACUAAUCACCAGUGUAUCAAGUUAACCUCCGAUGACUUUUGCUCAGAACUCAAAACAAACUUUAGCUGUUUUACUCCCAACGUUAUCAAAACACCCAUCACCCUAGAUCUAUUUGAGAGAAGUUCAGUUGAAAUUGAAAUAAAAACUUCCAAUAAACUUCCUCUUCAACCAAAUUGGACUAACAAACCAAAGAACUGUAGCAAGAGUAUAGAACUGGAUUAUUCCUGUCAGGGACCAGGUGCAUCUAAUGUGACCAUCUCUAUGUUGGAGCCCUACACCCGGUAUAACUGUACUGGGCGUGUCAAACUCAACAAUCAGACAACAAAUAAUACCAAGUCCUUUCUCGUCAACGUAGAAUGCAGGUUAAACAUAACAUUGUCAAGCCCAACCCAGAGCAAUACAUCCAUUAGCCUGAGUUGGGAGACAACCUCUGAAAACUGCCCACACGAACAUCUUUUGAAGCUCUCAUACAACGGCUGCUGCACACAAGUGAAUGGCAAAACAGAAUGCUAUUCAGGGCUAGUUACAAACAGCCGUGUUGAGAUCACAGGAUUGGAACCAUAUAAAGAUCAUACAUGUUAUGUAAUUCCACAUUACAAUCGCCAGCCAGUACCGGAGAAGACAUCGUAUCCAGUAGACCUAAAGACCAAACCUGGAAUUCCUGGAAAAGUCGAGAUCUCUUCUCUGAUUUUGAAAGAAAACAAUCAUUACGAAAUUAAAUGUAGUCCACUACAGAAAGAAAAAUAUAACGGAAAGAGCAUUACAUACAUAGCCUUUCUCGAUGACGGACAGAAAAGGAAUAACAGCAACUGCCAAUUUGAUUUCAAAGAUCUUAGCUAUUCCACAACGUACACACUAACUGUGUUUGCUUUCAACGGGGAAUUCAACAGUACACCGUCAGUAAAACAUAUUGUCACUCGCUACAAUGACAAUGCUGCCCUCUGGAUCUUGGGUUUCCUCAUCAUCCUCAACUCCCUCACCCUCAUCUUCUACACAAUUUAUCUUCUGUAUCGCAAGAAGUUGGGUUACGUCCACGAUCGCUGUGUCACAUAAUGCGGCGGCUUUUGGUUUUUCCUGAAUCGGCCACGAGGGGGACGGUGUCCUCUGCCUGCUGCGCUGCCUGCCCCCUGCUGGUCGGAGGCUACCGCGCUGCCUGCCCCCUGCUGGUCGGAGGCUACCGCGCUGCCUGCCCC